AUGGGGCUGCAGGCACAGCGGCGUCACCCUUUGGGCCGGGUUCAGCUGCCCUGCCUGCUGCCCCAUCAUCACCAUCUCAUCGGAGAUCACGGGGCUGCAGGCAUGGCGGCAUCACCCUGGGGGCCCGGUGCAGCCGCCGUGCCUGUGGCCCAGUCAUCACCAUCUCAUCGGAGAUCAACAGUGGCGGCACCCCGGGGGCCGGGUGCAGCCACCCAUCGCCAUCUCAUCGGAGAUCACGGGGCUGCAGAUGAAGAAGAAAAAGAAGAAAGCAAGAUAGAUUUUGAUAGUCUUCGGAAUAAAUUUGAAAGCCCACAGAACAAGAAUAUUAAACUUUCAGAAAAUCGCGUGAAAAAAUUUGAUAAGGAUGACCAGGAUAAAGGCAAGUCCCAUGAAGGUGUGAGGUGGUAUCUCCAAAAUGAGCACACAAGACAAUCAAACAAAACCUCACCGAGACAGGAAAGCAUGGAACAGACUCAGGAUUCUCAGAGGCAUGACGACAAACUUCUGAAGAUAUUGGAAAAUCUUCAGGAAAAAAUUGAUAAGGGUGACCAGGAUAAAGCCAAGUCCCAUGAAGGUAUUUCACUUUGCACUUACUCAUUGUCAUGUGUUUAUUUUGCAUUUGUUUUCAACUCUCAAGGAUCAGCAUCCUUACUCCACCACACAC